AGUAGUCUCUAGGGUUUUCACAUAAUCGGCGUCUUCUCCGGAUUCGAAUUCGAAAUGGCGAAGAGAACCAAGAAGGUCGGAAUCGUCGGCAAGUACGGAACUCGUUAUGGAGCGAGUAUCAGGAAGCAGAUUAAGAAGAUGGAGGUGAGCCAGCACAGCAAGUACUUCUGUGAGUUCUGCGGCAAGUAUGGAGUCAAGCGAAAGGCUGUUGGUAUCUGGGGAUGCAAGGAUUGCGGCAAGGUCAAGGCUGGUGGUGCUUACACCAUGAACACUGCUAGUGCCGUCACCGUUAGAAGCACAAUCAGGAGGUUGAGGGAGCAGAUCGAGGGUUAAAUCUUACUAUGCUUUGUCAUAAUUUUGCUUUGUUUUGACGAUUGUGUUUUGGAGUACCAUGUUUUUGAUUCGAGACGUUGUUACAUUUAGCCGUGAAUCAAUUAUUCCGUGACAGUUGUUUUCUGAAUUACUAUUUGAUUACGACUUGACCUUAAUUUUCUACUUA